UGUUUUUGAUUGGCAUUGUACAUCUCUAUUGGCCGGUGUCGGCGAAUUGUAAACAAACGUCGACAACAAGCAAUCAUUUUUAUGAAGACGUUAAGCCACGAUUAAGAACGAAACCUUAUUUGCACCAUGGCGUUCAGGCGUCCUAGCAUGAAAGCCAAGCCUCUGGUAAAUCGCGAGGAACUUUUACAGAGCAUAGUGCGAGAUCGCACGUUGUUGAACGACUAUUUUCAAAGCCUGGCAACAAAAGAGUCACUACAGAAGGAAUCAUCCACAAUAACGAUAACACCGAAAGCUGUGCCACUGCAACAACGUGACAGCUAUGAUUUGUUCUUCGAAAGCGCAUGCAUCAGCAUUAAGAGUCUGCCGCCUAAAUUGGCAGCUGAGGCCAAAAGUCGCAUUUCACAAAUCAUCACUGAAUUUGAGUUGCGUGCCAUUUCAGAACAAGAAGCCCAACAGGAGAAGGAAAAACAACAAAUCGCCAAAACCGUGAGAGUAUCUAACGAACAGUCAAUGGAUAGUUCAUCUGGGAUUGUUUACGAAUUUCAGGCAUACACUUAACGGAGCUGUCUCUGUUAUUUCUGUCAGCACAUGAUUUAAACACAAUAUUAGUAUGUCUUGGCACAUUUCGUACAUCUAAAUCUUAAAAUUUAUUAAAAUUAAAAAUUCUAAAUUUUUGGCUUUUCACAAACUUUUGUUAAACAUAAAUAUUUGGUUUUAAUGCUUGUGGUUCCAUUUCGUCGCUAAAUUCUUACAAAUUGGCAAUGCCAAAACAUCCAAAGGUUUGCAUCAUUGGUGCAGAAGGCUGGGGCUCUGCAAUCGCCACUGCUGUGUGUAAAAAUGUCGUCAACAGCGAAUUUGACUCCCGAGUGCACAUAUAUGUCUACGAUGAGCUUGUUAGAAGCAAUUACCUUUCUGAGAUGAUGAAUGAACAGCACGAGAAUAUUAAAUAUCUGCCUGGAAUAAGACUGCCCACAAACUUGAUUGCCGUCAAUGACCUGCUUGACGCCGCACGGAAUGCCGAUAUUUUAAUAUUUGCUACGCCGCAUAACUUUUUAAAAUCCUACUGUAAUAUAUUAGCUGGCAAUGUAAAACGCGAUGCUUUUGCCAUCUCGUUAACCAAGGGAUUGGAGCAUGUUAGAGAUGGCGAAAUCCAACUUUAUUCUCAUGCAAUUGCCCACCUGUUGGAGAUACCAUGCUAUUCAAUGAUGAAUGCUAACAGUGCCAUGGAAAUGGCACAGGGAAAACUCUGCGAAAUUACUAUUGGCUGCAACAAUGAUGCACAUGCGAAUCAAUUAAAUUAUCUGUUUCAGACCGAAAAUUGUUUGGUGGUUACCAUUGAUGAUGUUGAUGGAGUGGAACUAUGUAAUACACUGAAGGAUUUAGUUGCGCUAAGUGCCGGCAUUAUUGAUGGCUUGCAUCUGGGUCAAAAUGCCCGAAUCGCUUGCCUUCAUCUGGGCAUAAAGGAAAUGAUGCGAUUUAUCACGAAUAUCAGUCCAACUACCAAGAUGACUACAUUUUUGGAAAGCUGUGGCUUAGCAAAUUCUGUUGCUUCCGCCCAUGGUGAUAAAAACGCUACCUUUGCUAAGAACUUUGUUACCUCGAGAAAAACUACACAGGAAAUUGAGGCAACUCUUUUGAAUGGUCGCAAAUUGCUUGGUCCCAUUGUUGCUGGUGAGAUCUUUGCGUAUUUAGACAACCAAGGUUUGCAUGAAAUAUACCCGUUGUUUUCGAUAAUACAUCGUAUCUGUCAGAAGGAGGUACCACCACAAGCCAUUGUAGAUACCCUCCGUAAUCAUCCGGACUUGUGCAAUUUCUCGGUCACCCAAUUGCAAAAAGAUGAGAAACCGGUAUCCAUAUGUAGCACAGACGGUAUUCUUGAGAAUGUACCUGACACAGUUCCCGAGUACAGCACUGCUACGUUAAAUGGCACUACUUUUGAUCAGGUGGAUAAUGAGGAAAUUAGUUGUGACGCUGAAGACGAGAAGCAAGGCUUUUGGAAACCAUACUUUCAAUAUUUUCAAACUGAAAAUAACUCAGAGGAAUUAGAAGAGUUUCUUAAUAAGUCGCAGAUCGCAACUGGAGCUAUUGAUGAACCCAAGCCUGAUAGUGGUGGCGUAGAAUUUUCCUUUGAAAUGGGCUCACAUAAGGAUAAGCCGGAAAUUCGUCUUGAUAUUAAAGAAUCUAUGGUGCGUCCAUCGCUAGCGGCUAGCGGUAUAACAGAGCCUGGCAACGAUGUAGUCGGCUCACAAUUAAUUCCCAAUGAUAACGCAAAUAAUGAAAGCUCUAGUUUCAUUAUGGAAUCGAGGUUACAGCCGAUCGUAAUGUCACAGUCAGGAGAGAAUGAAACAGUUGGGCCAAAACCCUCGACUUCUGUCGGCUUGAAUGAGCUCAUUGAACGGCAUGUGAGGCCCUUAAAUGACAAAUAUAAAGCAUUAAAGGUGCGGGCUAAAGGUGAAAAUGAAAAUUCCGAUCAGAAAAAGGAACAGGAAAUGACUAUUAUGAAUAAAGACGCAAAACAAAAAACAAUGAACCAAAAUGAGAGCUGUGCGGAGGAUGCUAAGCAGGCCGAAUCAGCCAGUAAACUAUCUGAGAGUCAAGAGGAGCAAGGGGAGCAGAACAAUGAAAAGACAGAAUCAGCGAAACCAAUCAAAUCGGAAAUCGAACAAAUACUAUAUGAGCAGGAUUCCACGUUCAAAAUGCGACUGUUUGAUGACGAGCCAAAUGUUUCAAACUAUUUAGAGUUGAUCCGCAAGAAAGAAAGUGAUGCCUUGCAGAAUGAUCUAUGCUCCAUUAAAAAUGUGAAGGGGAAAAGUUUGGAGAAUGCCAACAACAGAUCCAAAGUUGAUUCUGAAUCAGAAAAUGAUGCAAUCAAAUCAGAAGUGAAGGACAGAACAUCUGUGGAAUAUCAUGGUGACAACGAGAAAAAUUUGGAGAGAUCAAACAAAGAUUUUACUAAUAAUAAGGACUUAAAAAGCAGCAGGGAUUCCGAUUCGAAAAAAUAUUCAAAUUGGAUUGAAUUGAAGGACAGCCCAUCUGCGGCAUUUAAAAAGGUUCCUGAAGGUUACAGAUAUGAUUAUAAAAUAAGUAUUAAGUCGAAAAAAUUUCCAUUCGACAAAGCUCCUUCUACAAAAGCUUUUUUGGAAGACCCAAAGAUGGCCAGUUCGUUUUCUCUGGCAAAAGCUGAAUAUCAUGGGGAAGAUAACUGGCAGACUCUCAACUUUGUAAAUGGAUAUAGUCAAGACAAAUGGGAUCAGCUGGAAAUGAAAAAAGGCAAGGUGGAGAUCCAAGAAAAGUUACCAGAAUCUCUACUAUAUAAGCCUAUUUCCUUUAAAAUCGACAGAAACGAUUCGAAAAAAAUAAUUCAAACUGCUUUUGAGGCAACAGAUGAGCCCGUAUUGAUACUGCGCUCUGCUGAUGAGUAUCCACAGAGUUUGGAAUUAAAACAAGAAACACAUUGUCCAAAUCUAAAAAUUUCCCAAAUUUAUAACCCUCAAUUAGAGCACAAGGAAGUUUUCACGAAAAGAGCUUUAAUGGAACCCACAGCUAAACAAAACAGUUUCAGCGACAUGGACAAUAAUAAAAUAAAUAAUAAAUCUGAUAAUCAACAAUAUGAAGAACCAAUGAAAGACUCCCAAUUUACACAAUCAAAUAUGAAAGAAGGCAAAAUUUCUUUGAAUCCGCGAUUUUCUGUCGAAGACUUCGAACAGCAGCGAUCUCCACGACACAUUUUAAUGCACGAGAACUCCAAUAAAAUGGAGCCCAAAGCACUUGCUGUCGAUGGCGAGGACUUAACGAAAAAGUCUAAAAAUGCAAAUCAAAACUCUUCUUCCACUGAAGUAAAAUCCACAUCCUCUAAAGACACCAGCAACGAUUCGUCUGGACGGUAUAAUCAACUAGCACCUAGGGGGGAAGAGAGUGAUAAGUUAACAGCGCAUGGAUCAGAGUUUGUUCGAUCCAGCUACGAUAGAUAUCAACGUAUUUGGCAAUCCAACCCAAGGCAUAGAUUCAGUGAUGCUAAAUUUUCUCCGAGUACAGAAAUUGAAGUAGAAAACGAUAUUCUAGACGAUGUGGUACCCAAAACGAUUGAAAAAAAACUAAAUGACAAAAGAAAGUUCAUUAAUUACAAACAUCGGGAGGACCGCGAUGACUGUGACAAAGACAAGGAAAAGAGACGAAGGGACAAUAAAACAAAACAGAAAGAUGGACGUGACGUGAACCGGAAUUAUUUCGACGAGGAUCACCAUACCUCCAUACCAUUAGAAUCUUAUGAAAAAUACGAAGAUACUGCAUACAUGGAGAAGCUAGAAACGGUUGUGGAGAAGGCCAUUCUAGAAAACCAGGUGCCUGCACCUAUUGAAAGCAAAAUAAGUGACAAAGAAGCAAGUCAAAAUCCGGAAUUAAUAGAAAUCAAAAACGAAGAAAUUACAAAUUUUACGGCAUUGGAUCAGGAUAAUACACAAACAAAAUAUUUUAAAAAGGCGGAACAGGGAGAAGAGCUUUCGUUGGGCACGGAACCCGUAGACCUAAAGCGCAGCACUAAAGAUCCGAUUGGAAUGUCUGAGAGCCUUGAAGAAGAGAGUGAGAGGGAAACUAAAGCAAUUCAAUUGGAAGACAGGGUUCAACAAUUUUUAGCCAAUAAGAUUCACACCGAAAAAGUACCUAAGCCUAGCUCUGAAUGGGAUUGGUUGUUGGAUAAUGAUAAAUUUGACAGCGCUCUCGACGAAUUUAAGCAGAGCCAAGAAGAUGCGGCAAACAAACCUGAGCAUCGAGAUCUUUCUGACUUCAACCCCAGAGAAAAUUGGCAAACUUAUAGUUUAGAACAGUCCGAGGAACCAGAACGCAUGCAAGAGCCUAGACUCGAUCCCGAUCAACUAUGGGCAAAAGGCGAACUAGAUUCAAACAAGCCGGCACUUAAAGAAGCACUUGCACUUGAGGAAGUAACAAAAGAUGAAACGCAGGAUCAGCUAAUGAACCUUGGGGAAGCAACAAAGGAUGAAGCGCCGGAACAGCUAUUGAACUUUGGGGAAGCAACAAAGGAUGAGACGCCGGAAAAGCUACAGGUGCCCGGGUCUGAAUGGCCCAAGGAUGUAGAUGCAACGAAAUUCACAUUUUCCCCGCCACCUCCUUCGAUGGAGGUGCUAACGAAUGUUGCGGACGCAAAGGAGUUAGCUUCUCCAGACUCAGAUGUUCCAAAGGCUGAGGACACACAGCUUGAAAAAGAAGGGCGAAAAGAAAAGAUUUCAUACAAAAUUGAAAGAGAACCAGCCGCGGAGGAGAAGAUUUCACCCAUCGAAGGGUCAGAAGAAUCGGAAAACCCUAGGGAAUAUAGAAAGCAAAAAUCUCAAGAAAUGUAUGAUAUAGCCAGAAAACAAUUUUGGAUGGUGCAAGAUGAGCACAAAAACAAGACCAAUCGUGAGGACGUGCAAGUCAGCGAAAUUACCAAACAGCUGACUAAAAUCAUGACUAAGGGUAAACCAGCGCCUCCGCAGCCAAUUGAGCGACCGGUCGAUUACCAGGGCGACGAUCCAUAUAUCAAAGAUGAUAAAAGAUGGCCCAAGCACUCCUAUGGCAAUGUGCUGGAAGGGGCUAGUAAAAAGCACAGUAGGGUUGUGGUUAAGCCAUUCCAUCCGCCGCUCAAUCCGCGCGUCCGCAUACCACGGCCCCCCUUUGAUGUGCGAGAUCACGAAUAUCACACCGUGAAUUUCCGCCCUCCACCUGAUCUACUGCGUACCGUUAUACUGCCGAAGAAGCGCACAACGGUAACGUGCCAGGCCGGGCAGGCGGGCACCAGAAGCGUGUCGAUGCUGCCGCGACCUGUGCUGAAACUGCCCCCAUUUAUGAUGCGCUCCUCUGUUCUGGCCAUAGAGCUGGGAUUCGUUGCCGCACUCUUAUCGCGCUACAAAACUGGCCGCAAGUAAGAAACGAAGAUAAACCAAAAACACAUAACAAUAUUAUCAAAUUUGGCCCGGUCAAAGUGUUCCUUUUGGCAAUAAAUUCGAUAUGAACGUA